CCGAUUUUCAGUAGCACGCAGUCAACUAACCUAGGCGAAUAGUGUCGCGCUCAGUCUUUAUAACGUUAACGUUUGUAACGUUGUAACGUUUUAUAAUCAUUAAUCAACGUGCACUCGCCUUCCGGACGAUCAGGGGAUUCACAAGAGAAGCUGUCGCGUGGAUGUAAACAAUCAGAGACGCAGAAAGGUUGGAGCCUUUGAAUCUGUAGAGCCACGUGACCUUCAGUCCACCGUACGAAACAUUCUGACAUUUUGAGAGGAGUGUCUGAAGAUGGCGCUGCAGGUGUCCGAGUCCGACCAGAUCAAACAGUUUAAGGAGUUUCUGGGAACGUAUAACAAAGUGACAGAGAACUGCUUCAUGGACUGCGUCAAAGAUUUCACCACAAGAGACGUGAAGCCGGAAGAGGUGACCUGCUCCGAGUCCUGCCUGCAGAAAUACCUGAAGAUGACUCAGCGGAUCUCCAUGCGUUUCCAGGAGUAUCACAUCCAACAGAACGAGGCGCUGGCGGCUAAAGCCGGCCUGCUGGGACAGCCACGCUGAGCGCCCAUCACCCCUGAAAUGGACUGAGACUCCACAAGCCCCGCCUCCUCCAUGUUUUUUUUUUGUCUAGAAACCUGAUGUUACGCAUGUUCAUAAUUAAAAUUUCAGGACAAUCUGUAAUUUGAGCACGACCACGUUACUUCAUACUGAAACAGCCUGGUAAGAAUUGGUAAGAUUGAUGGCAAAAAGUCAUUUUAUGUUUUAAGUAAAUAAAUUUCUGAUAAAUCUGUUUGGUAAAAUUUUACCACAAUGGUAGAAACUUGUUUAAAGGGGCUGUAUCAUGCAAAAUUCACUUUUUGUAUGUUUUAACCUUCUUAUAUAGUUGUGCACUCAUCAAAAAUACCCCCAAAGCAUUUUUUUUCUUCGUGCCUGUGUGUUUGAGCUUUCCUCGUUUUUUGUAUCUCCGAUUACGGAGAUAAACUUUAACCAUCGUCUGAAAGCAACAAUCAAGCAAGAGUCUGAAGAGUCUGCGCUUAGCGAGUUUCUAACAGGAAAAGACGUUUCCACGUGUCUGAGCGCAGAGAAGCUAGCGCUAAAGAGCUAAAGCUAACCCUUACAGAAGCUAACGCAUGACGCAUUUGUUUUGAAGCUCUGAUUGGUUGAAGUACGCCGUCAGUCAAAGUCCACAGGGGGGAGUGAAACAGUGAAACAGAGCG